UUGAUUAUGUUCCUAUUUCAUGUUUCAAUUGCAAGGCGAACAAAUUGGAAUAGGAUUAUCCAAACUAUCGUCAUGGAAUUGAAGAAGUCAAGUGACAUUCUCCUUGAAGGAAAAAUAUAUUAAAAGCCUACUUGAUUGUACGAAUGUGCCGUUGGGUAUUAAUGUUGCGGUGGAGAAAAUGUUACUCCACCCUUGCCAUCACUGCAAAUUCUCAGAUUGCGGAAUAUGCACGGUUGGGCCAAAUUGACAAUGCCCGAAGGGUUUUUGAUCAAAUGCCCCACAAAGGUGUUGUCUCCUGGAAUUCCAUUAUUGCCGGCUACUUCCAAAACAAACAGCCUAGUGAAGCCCAGAGCCUCUUUGAUCAAAUGUCCGAUAGAAAUUUAGUUUCUUGGAAUGGACUGAUUUCAGGCUAUGUAAAGAAUGGGAUGGUGGACGAAGCCAGAAAGGUUUUUGAUGAGAUGCCCGAAAGGAAUGUUGUCUCGUGGACUGCAAUGGUUAGAGGGUAUGUGGAGGAGGGGCUGGUAUCAGAGGCUGAGGCUCUCUUUUGGCAAAUGCCUGAAAAGAAUGUGGUUUCGUGGACUGUCAUGUUGGGUGGGUUGAUACAACAGGGUAGAAUGGAGGAGGCACAGAGGCUUUAUGAUAUGAUGCCCGUGAAGGAUGUGGUGGCAAGAACAAGUAUGAUUGGUGGGUUGUGUCAGGAAGGUCGGUUGGGUGAAGCUCGAGAGAUUUUUGACAAUAUGCCCCAUAGAAAUGUGUUCUCCUGGACUUCAAUGAUCUCAGGAUAUGCACAAAAUGGGAAGGUGGAUUUGGCUAGGAAGCUUUUUGAGGUCAUGCCUGAGAAGAAUGAGGUGUCAUGGACUGCUAUGCUGAUGGGAUACAUUCAGAGUGAAAGAAUUGAAGAGGCAUUGGAGCUCUUCGAUGCAAUGCCUAUUAAAUCAAUUGUUGCUUGUAAUGCAAUGAUACUUGGGUUAGGCAAGAAUGGGAAGGUCACUAGAGCGAGGAGGAUAUUUGAUUCCAUGAGGGUGAAGGAUGAUGCUGCAUGGAAUGCAAUGAUUAAGGUUUAUGAGAGAAAAGGGUUUGAUUUGGAGGCCUUUGAUAUGUUUCGCUGUAUGCAAAGACAAGGUCUUAGACUGAACUUCCCAUCAUUGAUAAGUGUGCUUUCUGUGUGUGCUAGUCUUGCAAGUGUCGAUCAUGGUAGGCAGAUUCAUGCUCAGUUGCUCAGAUCAAAAUUCGAUGAUGAUGUAUAUGUUUCCUCUGUAUUGAUAACAAUGUAUGUGAAAUGCGGCGACCUUAUCAAAGCAAAGCAAGUAUUUGACAGAUUUUCUCUGAAGGAUGUAGUCAUGUGGAAUUCUAUAAUAACAGGAUAUGCCCAACAUGGCUUAGCAGAUGAAACCCUGCAAGCAUUCCGUGAAAUGUGUUCUCUAGGCAUUGCAGCAGAUGCUGUUACUUUUGUUGGAGUUCUCUCAGCUUGCAGUUACACUGGAAAAGUCAAAGAAGGGAAAGAAAUCUUUGAGGCUAUGAAAUCCAAAUAUUUGGUAGAUCCUGGAACUGAACACUAUGCUUGUAUGGUUGAUCUGCUUGGCCGAGCUGGUCAUUUGGUUGAGGCUAUGGAUAUGAUUAACAAGAUGCCAGUAGAAGCAGAUGCAAUUGUUUGGGGUUCUUUCAUGGCAGCAUGUAGGAACCACAUGAACUUGGACUUGGCAGAAGUGGCAGCAAAGCAACUUCUGCAGCUUGAGCCACAAAAUGCCGGACAUUAUGUUCUGCUUUCCAAUAUUUUUGCAUCUAAGGGCAAAUGGGGGGAUGUAGCAAAGCUGAGGAAGCACAUGCGGUUGAGGAAAGUUAGCCGCUCGCCUGGUUGUAGCUGGAUUGAGGUUGAUAAGAAAGUGCAUAUGUUUACUGGUGGGGAGCACAUGCCGCAUCCAGAGCAUCCAAUGAUUGUCGAGAAGUUAGAGAGCUUAGCUGCAUUGCUAAGGGAAGCCGGAUAUGUCCCUGAUGGCAGCUUCGUCCUGCAUGAUUUGGAUGAAGAAGAGAAGGUACGAAGCCUGGGACAUCACAGUGAAAAGUUGGCUAUUGCAUAUGGACUUCUGAAGUUGCCUGGCGGAAUGCCCAUAAGGGUAAUGAAAAACCUCCGAGUUUGUGGAGACUGCCAUGUUGCUAUAAAGUUAAUUUCAAAAGUUACAGGAAGACUAAUUAUUUUAAGGGAUGCAAAUAGAUUUCAUCAUUUUAAGGACGGAGUAUGCUCUUGCAAUGAUUACUGGUGAACCUUGAAAUCUCAUCUUGAAAAGUCAUUCUGGUAGCUUUGCAGAGAAUUGGUCAGAGCAUGACCUGUGCCUGCCUAAAGACAGAUUUUGUCAUAUGGAUAUGCGCAACUGCUUGCCAUAAUGCUGCUUAUAAUUGUGAUUAUAUGUCCUUUAGCAUGGUCACUGCUGAUUUAUGCAACUUUGGCUGAAAAAUAUAUUUGAGCAGCAGCUGUGAGCUGCUUGUCUUCUCAUGAUGACUGAAAACAAACGUCAUACUUGAUGGAGGGAGGGCUUUUGGAGCUGAAGACCCAAAAAACAAUUGAAGUGGUGAUGUGGCCACCAAAGAUAGGCUGCCUUUCAUUCCUUGAUGGUGCAACCAAGUUUUACAGUAAAGGUUUGCAUAUUUCUGAAUAUUCUGCUCUACAUGUGUUCAGGAGAGCUGUUCCAGAAGAGCUUUUGGUCAUUUUUGGAUUCCCAAGUGGAGUGAGCUCUGUCAACGACCACAAGCUGAAUUUGAGCUCGUGCACCCAAUGAGCAACUAAAGCCUGUGCACAAGAACAUGGGGUUAGAUUAAUCAUGGCCUGUGCGUCAGAUUUGUUACGUACUUGGAUCGCAUCCGCUCAUACUACAGUGCAUGGCUGCGACAUUGAUGUCAGAUGAGAUUGUGGGCUAUGAAAAUUGUUUAAUUAUUGAAUGCUACAUACAUAAUUUGUUUGAGUCUCGUGCUCUAGAAAGAAUAUAUUAUAGUUCAAGAAACUUGCAACUUUUUUUUUUCUUCUUAGCCGGAGCCCAGAAACUUGCAAGUUGAUACGAGCUAUUACUAGCUACAAGUUGAAAGAAAGUAACGUUUGGCCUUGUAAUUGUUCUGUAGCCGUUACAUUGAAAGGUCAUCAGUUUCUUAGUUCUGAAAACAAUGUUGAUUGCUUUAUCAUUUUCUUUUCCGCCAGGAUUGCUGAUCAGUUCAGUGGCGAAUAAGCAUAUACAUUUUGUGGAUGAAACACCGAUCAUUAGUUGUAACUGUUAAGAAUGAGAUCCUAAUGCUCUUCAUGCAAUCAGCUUGUUCUGGAAGUCCGUGUAACUUAGAAUGAACAGGUUCAAUUCUGAAAGACCAGAAGAUUGAAACAUCUACUCCAGCUCAGAUCCUAGUCCAUCUCAAACAGAAGUUAAUCAGGAAGGUCCAUGGAAAAACUUUGGGACAUCAAUGAAUGCCCUUUCUUUUGGUUUUGUUGCUACAGCUAUCUUAAUUUCAAUGUUUCUCAUAAUGGCCAUCUUCGAGCAUCUUUUCAAGCCAAGUGAGUCUUUUUCUUCUUCACCUCAAGGUGGCAGCAGCAGGACCUUUCGAUCUACGCAAAUGCAGAAACUCCAAGAUCCCCAAAGGGUAUCAACAAUUUCGUAUUCCUCGGAUUUCUCCGUCUUAAUGCCAGGGCAGCAGUAUCCUACAUUCAUUGCCCAACCAGCUCCUCUUCCUUGUUCAAGGGAAGGGGUGUGCUGGCCUCCCCAUGAACAUAUAUAGUUAGUCUUUCCUCGUUGUAUCCACUGCUGCAUGAUAAACCACCGAGUAAUCUUCGGUUUGGAUGCCUCAACUUCGUGGAUGAAUGUAUAAAACAUAUAUGGUUUUGGAUGCUUAGGUAAAGAAACUCCCCCACAAUGACGUUCUCGUUUGUUCUGUGUAAUAGACCUUCAAUCUUGCAUCUUA